AUGGCUACAUUCAAAUACUGUUUAGAAUGCAACAACUUAUUAUACCCCAGAGAAGAUAAAAACGAAAGAAAACUCAUGUUUGCUUGUCGCAAUUGUGAAUAUCAAGAACAAGCUGAAAACGUGUGUGUCUAUCGUCAUGAAAUUGUGCACGCUCCUUCUGAACAAACCAUGAUGCUGGCAGAUUUGAGUACUGAUCCUACUCUUCCUAGAGCCAAUGUUCAAUGUGCAAAAUGUGGUCAUCCAGAAGCUGUAUUCUUCCAGUCAUCCUCGAGACGUGCAGAUGCAAAAAUGACACUAUUUUAUGUGUGUGGUAAUAGAGGUUGUGGACAUAGAUGGGUUGAUUAA